UUUAUUGACUGGCCCGGCCAACACUAGCGCGAUCACCAUGGCAGCGACGGAGCCGCAAGUGGUGGCGGACUUCCUGCGGUUCCUGGAGGACCCGGACGUGGCGGUGGCCGUGGCGGUCAUCAAGGCGCUCACGGGCGUGAUCACGCGCAGCGGCGCCAGCACCAUGAUGCAGAUGGAGGGCGAGCUGCAGGAGGCGGCGCAGCAGCUGCGCGCCUUCCAGGCCGCGGACGACAACUCGCAGGCCACGCGCUUCCACAACUCGAUCGCCACCACGGCCGGCUGUCAGCUGUUCCUGCGCUACGUGACGCGCACGUUCCUCGAGUUCGACGACUUCGACCUGUGCCGCUCGCAGCUCAUCGACCGCGGCAAGCUCUUCGCCGAGACGUCGCUCUCGAGCCGCAAGCGCAUCAGCGACGUCGGCCACAACUUCAUCCGCGACGGAAUGAAAGUGUUGACGCACGGCAAGUCCCGCGUCGUGAUUGCGUUGCUGCGCGAAGCCGCCAAGACCAAGAACUUCUCCGUCUUCGUGACGGAAGGAAGGAGCAAUGCCUCGGGAGUUGGCACGGCGGAGGAGCUGGCGAAGGUGGGCAUUCCCACUACGGUGAUUCUGGACUCGGCGGUUGCCUACUACAUGGAGCAGGUGGACAUUGUCGUUGUCGGAGCUGAAGGUGUCGUUGAGAACGGCGGAAUCGUCAACUCGAUCGGAACGUACUCGACGGCGGUGAUCGCGCAGGCGCUGAAGAAGCAGUUUUACGUGGCGGCGGAGAGCUACAAGUUCGCUCGGCUGUACCCGCUGACGCAGCGCGACGUCCCGCAGAAGCAGAUGGCUGCUAUCUCCGGAGACAUCGCUGGUGGCGAGUCCUCGGAUGAGACCAUGAAGAACGUGACAUUCGCCAGCCCGUUCUUCGACUACACCCCGCCUGGAUACAUCGCUCUGAUGUUCACAGAUCUGGGCGUGCUCACGCCGUCUGCGGUCUCCGACGAACUGAUCAAGCUUUACCAGUAA